AUGAGUAAAAAAAAUAUAAAAAAGGAAGAAGCUUCUUAGUAGAUAACUACUAAGAAUGGCGUAUUUGAUUAUAGUUAAUGUCUUUUUGAGGUUAGACUCACCAAAAAAGGGUUUUUAGGAUAAUCAACUCGUUAUGUGUAUUGCACAAAAAAUAGUAUAGUCGUUGCUAAAGAACCAUAUUAAAAAAAACCUGAUAAAAUAAUUAACUUGAAGCCUGACUGGCAAGUAGCUUGGAUUUACGAUGCAAAAAAGAUAAAGGAACCUUUUGAAAAAAAGAUUUUAGGGUUUAAAUUAAUUACUGAUACAGAUGUAAAGAUAGAAUAUUUUGGAGAUGUUGUCGUUAUGACUACUUUGAGAGAUUAUUUCUGCAAAUAGCUAUUUUAAAUCAAAUUCUUGGACGAAUUUGAAAUUUAGAAAAAAAUUGGAAAAGGCAAAUAUGCAAAGGUGUAUAAAGUUAGAAGAAAAGAUAAUAAUUAAUUAUAUGCUGUUAAAUAUCUUCAUAAAAUGAAGCUAGCAACCAUUGAGGAUGCCUAAGCUGCUCUUUUCAAUGAACUUAAAAUUUUAAGAAUGAUAGAUCACCCUAAUUGCAUAAAAUUGAUUGCAACUUAUGAGGAUAAUAAUGGAUAUUACAUAUUGACUGAAUUACUAGAUUCAGAAAAAAGUUUAUAGGGAGAGCUCACUAAAUUCCAAAAUCCUUAAUUUGGAUAUUAGGUAGUUAGACAUAUCUUAAAAUAGCUUAUAAAAGGUAUUGAAUAUGUUCAUAGCUUAGGUAUCAUGCAUAGAGAUUUAAAGCCCUAAAAUAUAAUGUUUGCAAAUAGCGAUUCUUCAUCUCUUUCGAAUCUUAAAAUUAUUGAUUUUGGAUUGGCUUAAUUCAUAAAUGAUCCUAAUUAUAUUUAUGUUCACGUAGGUACACCUGGUUAUGUUGCCCCUGAAAUUUUGGCAAACGAAUCAGAAAAGCAUAGAUAUACAGAAAAAUGCGAUUUAUUCAGUAUUGGAGUUGUUUUUCACAUUUUAUUAACUGGAAGAUCAGUUUUCCCUGGUAAAAAGUUUUCAUAAGUAUUACAAAGCAAUAAGGAGUGCAAAAUAGAUUUGAGAGGACCAAAAUACGAUGAGCUUAAUAAAGAUGCUAUAGAUUUACUUGGUAAGCUACUCGAGCCCAAUCCUUUAAAAAGACCAUCUGCAACAGACGCUCUUCUUCAUAAAUUUUUUUUCCCAGAUGCCUAAAAAGAAGCUAAUAAAGUUUCUUCUGCAGCUAAUUUAGAUCAGACUGCUAAUUCUGUAAGCACUAAUGUUACAAACAAAGAUAAAGAAAUGGAAACUCCACUAAAAUUUGGAGGAAAAUUAGCAAAAGGAUUCCAUAACUUAAAUAAAAUUACAAGUGUUAAAGAUAUUGAUAACAUCCCUUUUAAUUUCGAUGAUAUUUAGUAGAAAAUACAAAAUCAAAUUAGUAUGUAUACAAUUUGCAAACAAAAGGAUGAAGCACAAAAGCAAUCUCUAUAUAAGCUUGCUUAAGAAUUAGUAGAUCUGUUUAUCAUUCUUGAAGAAAAUUAAACUGAUGAUUUAAGUUUCUUUGCUAGUCCUCUUAAAAUAAGAGGUGGAUUAAGAAACUCAAUGGCAGAUGGUAGCUUAUUAUAAAAGUUUGGUUCCUUUGAUCAGGAUGAUGAAUCAAAUCCUUAAAAAAGCAAUGUCAUUUUGUAAGAAGUGAAGGAAGAAGAAGAAUUCCCUCAAGCUAAUAACAAUUAAAAUUAAUAAUAAGAUUAAAAGAAUGAAAAUGGUGGUAGAGCUGCAAUGAGACCUGCAAAGCUAAAAAUAGAAAGUUUAAAUCACAACGAAGAGGAAGAAGAACAAAAAGACAUCGUAACUGAUAUGACUCCUAUUAGAGUCUCUAAAAACGAAUUAAAUAUAAUAAUUGAAAAAGAGGAUGGAACCAAAAAGUAACUUCCAAAAAGAUUACUAAAAUUGCUUAGCUUUUUCCCUGCCUUCUUAUUUGAAACAGAACUUGAAGGAGAUUUAAAAAAAGAAGGAAAAUAAACUGUAAAGAUUUUAGGUAAAUUUUUACUGUAAGGCAAUGAAUAUAAAAAAAAAUUGAACGAAGAAUAGCUCCAAGAAUUAUUUUAAAGCAUAAUAAAGUAGAAUUUCCUAGACGAUUGGUUUACAAAUUUAAUUUAAGAAAUGGUUAAUCCCGUUAUGGAUUUAGUCCCUGAUUUUUUAUAUAUUAAAUAAUCUUUAGAUAAAAAUUUAUAAACAUAAAAGAAAUGA